ACUUUUCUCUGACGUUUCUUGCUGUCAAAACACACAUCGCGGAGCACUAGUGCAGUCAACAAAAAUCCUCACUGAGAAGAAAAGCACCCUUAUUUUACGCUGGAAAAAAACGAAUCGCAGCCCAAAAUCAAUCAAAAUGGUAUUCGCCAAAUCGUGGGAAGAUUUCGAGAUCGCCGCCGAGAACAUGUACAUCGCGAACCCGUGCCAGUGCCGGUUUACGAUGAAGUACACCCACCAGAAGACGGCCGUCGUCCUGAAGCUGACCGACAACGUCAAGUGCGUGCAGUUCAAAACCGAGGUGCUGUCGGACCUGAAGAGAAUAGAGAAAUUCACCGGCAACCUGAUGUGGCUGAUGGCGUCCAAGGAGUGAAACGGGGUGUUAUGUUCUUUAAUUUUUAAUAUGCUAAGUGUGGAUUUUUCUUGUUGGGUGCAUGUGAGGAAUGUAACAGUGGAUUUUAUGUGAGAAAUACAUAUUCCGUACAUGUACAACGUU